CUCGAAUUAUCAGGAGGCCAGGGUGGGGCAUGGAGCUGGGAGCCUCCACGAGGAAGGACUCGCCGCUUGCCUUAAAACCCUCCCCGACAGCUCCUCCUAACGCAGACUGUCACGGCGUCCUGUGCUGGAGAACAUGACCGGCACUGCGGUUAAACGAGCUCUGGUGGUGCUGGCUCACCAGGAGAAGACCUCAUUCAACUAUGCCAUGAAGGAGGCAGCCGUAGAAGCUCUGAAAAAGAAUGGUUGGGAAGUGACAGAGUCUGAUCUCUACGCCAUGAGAUUUAAUCCUGUGGCAUCGCGGGAUGACGUUACAGGAAAUCCUAAGGAUCCUGAAAGCUUUAAAUACGGAGCAGAGUGCAUGGCAGCAUGGAAAGAAGGGCGUCUUAGCAAAGACCUUGUAGAAGAACAGAAGAAGCUGGAAGCUGCUGACCUCGUAAUAUUCCAGUUCCCGAUGUUCUGGUUCGGACUGCCUGCGAUUCUGAAGGGCUGGUUCGAUCGUGUUUUAACGCAAGGAUUCGCUUUCAGCAUGCAAAACAUGUACGAUAAUGGAAAUUUCAAGAAUACAAAAGCCAUUCUGUCCUUCACCACCGGUGGGAUGGAGUCCAUGUACACGCCGACUGGGAUUAACGGGGAUAUAAAUGUCCUUCUGUGGCCCGUCCAGCAAGGUAUCCUGCACUACUGCGGCUUCCAGGUCCUAGAGCCGCAGAUCUGCUACAGCAUUGAACACUCUCCCGCCGAGGUGCGAUCUCGCAUACUGGAUGCCUGGCAGGCUCGACUCGGCAAGAUCUGCGAGGAGAAGCCCGUCUCGUUUGUGCCCAAUGAGAAUUUCGACAUGACCUUCCCUGGAGGUUUUGCACUUAAGAAAGAAGUCGUGGCGAAGCAUGCCAAUGACAAAUACGGGGCUGCUGUGGGGCAACACAUGGGAAAAGCCCUGCCUCCUGAUAGCCAGGUUAAAGCCGGCAGCACCAGGCUCUGAGCACACCGUCCUGUGUCUCUACCCUACAUGCAAUGAAGCUUAAGUCUUCUAACUGAAGGAAGCACCUUGUACGUAAGCUAUAUAUAAUUAAAACUCUAUUCUUCAUGA